GCUGUUGCUGCGCGCGCCGGACAGCAAUUUCCAAACUUGUGCGAUUUUGAAUGUAAACAGAGACUAGAAAUCAGAAUAAACUUUCCAUUUCUUCGGAUAAGAAGCAGCAAUGCAGCGGAGACAGGGAAGAGUUAACGCUGGGCUGCUCUUGCUGCUUUAUCAAAUUUCUCAAAUUGGACUCCAGAACAUUCCUUCUGUUACCCUCGGGGUGCUGGUGCUGAACGUUUUCCUCUUCCUGAACCCCCUGAAGCCGCUCUCUGAGGUGUGCAUCAGUGUAAAUGAAGGCUUCCACAGGCGGGACUGGCAACGCUUGUUGCUUUCCCCUGUUCACCAUGCAGAUGACUGGCACUUAUAUUAUAACAUGGUUUCCAUGCUUUGGAAGGGGAUCAUGCUGGAAAGAAAGCUUGGGAGCACGUGGUUUGCCUACAUAAUUGUGGUAUUUUCAGUGCUGGUUGGAGUUGUGUAUAUGGUGCUGGAGUUCAUGCUUGUGAAGAUCCUGGAUGAUCCUUCAUACGAAAUGAAUUGUGCUGUAGGAUUUUCAGGAGUCUUGUUUGCUUUGAAAGUUCUCAACAAUUACUACAACCCAGGCCGAGUCAGCAGUGUUCUUGGCUUCCACAUACCUAGUAAAUAUGCUUGUUGGGUGGAGUUGGUGGCUAUUCAUUUGAUCUCCCCAGGGACUUCUUUUGCUGGGCAUCUGGCAGGGAUUCUUGUUGGACUGAUGUACACUAUGGGACCUCUGAGAAAGGUCAUGAAAGCCUGUGCAGGUGGCUUUCCUUCAUUUACUGACCCGGCCAGGCCUAGGGACUACUAUUACUCAGAGUACUCUGGCUAUGCAGGUUACCAGUAUGGAACACCGAGGAACUAUUACGAUUACACCGGGGGGCUCACCGAAGAGGAGCAGCUCGAGAGGGCAGUGCUGAACAGUCUCCAUGACAGAGAUUCUGCUGGAGCAACGCAUAGUAACGAUCGGCGGCCCUACGGCUUUUGGUUCCCCCCUGAGCAGCAGUCAGAGCAGGAAAUCCGAAGGCUAAGGCUUCGUAGGUUUGAGAGACGUUGAAAUGCCAGGGCUUGAUGUGAGAUGCCAAGUGCUCUUCAGAGUCACCAAAAUAUUUGUAGAUUUAUAUUUGUAAUACGCAGAUUUAUUGUAAUACUUUUCCAGGUUUUCUACUACUAUUUGCAAAACCACAGAAGAUUUUGAGUUUGAUCUCAGAAUUGGAACUUUAAUAGAAAGCGAGAUACAAAUUAAGCUGCGAUCUUCAGCAGUCUCCAUAUUGAUGCACCUUAACUGUGGAAGAAGACUGGUUUGACCAAACUGCCUUUUUCUCUCAGGUUCUUCUUUUAGCUUCAGGAAUCCCUUGGCCAUUUGACUGCUGGUGUUCUCAGACAGAGGCUUUUCUUCACCCAUCCCAGAUGAAAACAUUCCUGGGUUUAUACCAUUGUAAAUGCAUGCAGUUCCUCCUUACAAACUUAUCUUUGAGUACAGUCAUCUGUGAUGACCAGUUGCUUUGGGGCUUGGCCCAUGAAGCGUCACUUGACAAAAUCACUCUCAUGACAGCAACUAGAUCCUAGGAGUCUAAGAUGUGAGCCUUUUGGCAGCCUUACAAACUGUGUAAAGCAGUUGCAGCUAUCCUUUCCUCAAGGAGUUAUUUCAUGGACCCACAGUGCUGUAGCCUUCUGUAAGCUUGUAUAUGAUACAAAUAGGUUGUAACUACUUAUUUCCUAAAGCCUUUCUUAAUAUUUAUGUUUUAAAUACCAUGCUUCCAUUUAAAGUUGAAAUAAUUAGUUCUGAGCUUUGUGGAAAGGGAGGUGGAGAUGCCAGACAGAAUAUAUUUAUUUAAUACCUUAAGCUUUUCCAAAGUAUCUCUUGCCCUUUAAAGAAGGCCUGGAACCUGUACAUGCUGUUCAUGCAGCUCUAGAAGUACUCUGGGCUCACCUUUCUGUGUUCACUAAAAGGGGUCAAAAAGCUGCACACAGUUUGUGCAUUUCUCUCAGCGGGUAAUAACUUGACAUAAAUGAGGAGGGAGUAGCACUGGUUCCUCAGACUGAUCAUUUAAUGCUCUGGUCAAGUUUCAGUGUUACUUGGUUUAAUUAUUUAAAACCACUGGAUUAGCCAUUAGUCAGUUG